AUGGUGUCUUCUGCGCAGCUGGACUUCAACCUGCAGGCUCUUCUGGAACAGCUCAGCCAGGAUGAGUUGAGCAAGUUCAAGUCUCUGAUCAGGACGGUCUCCCUGGGAAAUGAGUUACAAAAUAUUCCCCCAGACAUAGGUAGACAAGGCUGAUGGGAAGCAACUGGAAGAAAUCCUCACUAGCCAUUGCCACAGCUACUGGAUGGAGAUGGAGACCAUCCAGGUCUUUGAAAAAAUGUACCAAGCGGAUCUGUCUGAGAAAGUAAAGGAUGAACUCAGAGAAGCCGCUUUGAAAUCAAGCCUGCAUCAUUAGGGAAAACACGGAAAGAAGAACUAAAACCUAUAGACCUGAAAGAAAUGCCAGAACGUUUCGAAGCAGAAGCACUAGAGUUUUUAGAAACAAAGGAAGACGUCACCAGCCUGAGAGAAGCUAAACAAGCAUUGAAAGGAGAAAAGCCAGGUAAAGAGGAUAGGUACAGAAGUAUAUUGAAGACGAAGUUCCGGCAAAUGUGGAAAACCUGGCCUGGAGACAGCAAAGUGGUCCAUAUUGUGGCUCAGAGAUACAAGAUGCUGAUCCCGUUCAGCAACUCCAGGGUGCUUCCUGAGCCGUGCCCACACAUGUGGUGCUGCAUGGUCCUGCGGGCCUUGGAAAAACCACGCUGGCCAAGAAAUUAAUGCUGGACUGGACAGAGGACAACCUCAGCCAGAAAUUCAGAUAGGCUUUCUACCUCACCUGUAAGGAGCUCGUUUGCCUGGGCCCCUGCAGUUUUGCAGAGCUAGCCUUCAGGCACUGGCCUGAAUUGCAGGAUGACAUUCCAAACAUCCUAGCCCAAGCACAGAAAAUCCUGUUCGUGGUCGAAGGCUUUGAUGAGCUGGGAGUCCCACCUGGGGCACUGAUCCAGGACAUCUGCGGGGACUGGGAGAAGCAGAAGCCGGUGCCGGUCUUCCUGGGGAGGUUGCUGAAGAGAAAGAUGUUACCCAAGGCCGCCCUGCUAGUCACCACGUGGCCUGGGGGCCCUGAGAGACCUAUGGCUCCUGGUGGAGCAGCCGAUCUAUGUAAGGGUGGAGAGGUUCCUGGAGGAGGACAGGAGGGCAUAUUUCCUGAGACACUUUGGAGACGAGGACCAAGCCAUGCGUGCCUUUGAGCUGACGAGAAGAAACGCGGUCCUGUUCCAGCCUGUCUCGGCACCCACGGUGUGCUGGAUCAUGUGCACGAGUCUGAAGCUGCAGAGGUAGAAGGGGAAGACCACCCCGCCCACCUCGCCCCACCCGCACGUGGCUGUUCCUGCACUUCCUUGCCGCAGUUCCGCAGUGCACACAGCUCUGGGGCGCGCUGCGGGCGCUGAGCCUCCUGGCCGCUCAGGGCGAAUGGGCGCAGAUGUCCGUGUUCCGUGGAGAGGACUUGGCAAGGCUUGGGAUGCAGGAGUCCGACAUCGGCCUGUCCCUGGACAGAGACAUCCUCCGCCAGGACAGUCUCUAAAGGCUGCUACUCCUCCAUCCAACUCAGCUUCCAGCAGUUUUUCACUGCGCUGUUCCACACCCUGGAGAAGGAGGAGGAGGACAAGGACGGCCACGCCUGAGACACUGGGGACGUGCAGAAGCUGCUUUCCAGAGAAGAAAGACUCAAGAACCCCGACCUGAUCCAAGCAGGACACUUCUUAUUCGGCUUCGCCAACGAGAAGAGAGCCAAGGAUUUGGAGACCACUUUUGGCUGCCUGAUGUCACCGGAGAUCAAACAAGAAUUACUGUGAUGAGACAUAAAUUGUGAAAAGGAUGGACACUCAACAAUGACGAACCUGAAGGAGUUCUUGUGCUGUCUGUACGAGUCUCAGGAGGAGGAGCUGGUGAAGGGGUUGAUGGCGCCGUUCAAAGAAAUAUCCCUGCACUUAAAUGCAGUAGACAUUAUGCUGUUUUCAUUCUGCCUCAAGCAUUGUUGAAACUUGCAGAAAAUGCUACUGCAGGUAAUAAAGGCAAAGCUCUUGGAGAAUGUCACUGUGUCUCAAUCAGAUGCUGAAGUUGAGAGAUCCCAGGAUGAUCAACACAUGCUUCCUUUCUGGACCGACCUUUGUUCCAUAUUUGGCUCAAAUAAGGAUCUGAUCAUUGUAGAAAUCAGUAAUAGCUUUCUUAGUGCCUCAUUAGUAAGGAUCCUUUGUGAACAAAUAGCAUCUGACACCUGUUGUCUCUAGAGAGUGGUGUUCAAAAACAGUUCCCCAGCUGAUACUUAUCGGAACCUCUUCCUAGCUCUUUGAGGUCACAAAACUGUAACAUAUCUGGCCCUUCAAGGCAAUGACCAGAAUGAUGUGCUUCCUGCAUUGUGUGAGGUCUUGAGACACUCAAAAUGUAACCUGCAAUAUCUCCGGUUGGUGUCUUGUUCUGCCACCACUAAGCAAUGGGCUGAACUCUCUUUGGCCCUUGAAGUCAACCAGUUCCUGACAUGUGUAAACCUCUCCCACAAUGAGCUCUUGGAUGAGGGUGCCAAGUUGCUGUACACAACUUUGAGACACCCAAAAUGCUUCCUGCAGAGGCUGUUGUUGGAAAACUGUCACUUUACAGAAGACAAUUGCAGGAACUUUGCUGCUGUUUUGGUUGUCAGCCAGGAGCUGACACACCUGUUCUUGGCCAAGAAUCCCCCUUGGGGAUACAGGGGUGACAUUUCUGUGUAAGGGCUUGAGUUAUCCCGAGUGUAAACUACAGACCCUUGUGCUGUGGGACUGUAAUAUAACUGCAAUAGCUGCUGUUAUCUCGCAGAGCUUCUCCAAGAAAAAUCAAGCCUAACGUGCUUGGAUCUGGGACUGAAUCACAUAGGAGUUACCGGAGUGAAGCUUCUAUGUGAGGCUUUGAAGAAACCACCGUGUAACUUGAGAUGUCUGUGAUUGUGGGGGUGUUCCAUCCCUCCAUUCAGUUGUGAGGACCUCUGCUCUGUGCUCAGCUGCAACCAGAGCCUCGUCACUCUGGACCUGAGCCAGAAUCCCUUGGGGUCUAGUGAAGUAAAGAUGCUGUUUGAAACCUUAACACACCCAAAUUGCACCCUGAAGACACUCAGGUUGAAAACAGAUGACUUUAAUGAUGAAUUCGAUAAGCUGCUGGAAGAAAUAGAAGAAAACAACCCACAACUGCCUGUUGAUACUGACAAACAUCAUCCCUGGGGGGUUGGGGAGGGAGAGGCUUCCUUCUCAUUACUUC